UGUAUUCUUUAUUUUCUAACUCAAGAGAUUAUAUCCAUAACUGACCUUAUAUUCAUUUCCAACAAAUGUUCAUCAUGCUGCCAGUUAUUUUAUAGAGUAUGAAUUAUUAUGGAUUGUCCCAGUUUUUGCACGUUGCAUUUCUUGACUCUGGAAGAGAUAUUUUAAGCCACUGUUUGAAGUCAGAUGUGCUUCUUUGAGGCACCUUAUAGUGUUGUCCUAGAAACAUUUCUCAUACAGUAAGAUAUUAAGCAUUUCCUUAAGCAUGAAUCUAAAUCCAAAAUAAGCAAAACCUGUGAUUACAUCAUCUAAGAAAGGUAAAUUGUUACCUCAAAGAAUCUGUACUGUAAGUCACAGAGUCUAUUUUUGGUUCUGUCAGUGUUUUGUGUAGCAACCCAUUAAAACUGAUGAUAUAAUGGUCUGUUUAUGCAGGUUGGCCAUAAAAAAAAAACGUUUUAAGUAAAUUAGGUAUUAGCUAAAUAAGGCUGAUAUUGUGUUCCAUUAUAAAGAACACUGCCUGUGUGCUUUCUUUAGGAAAUGUUGUGGUAAAAUGAUAUUUAACAUUUUAAUGUAUGAAAACAUGACAUUUUGUAGUACAGUAUGUGCAAUGUAAUGUUCAACAUGAUCUAUUCUAUGCAGUUUCGUGUCAGGACAUGGAUAGACACGAUCUCGUUCACAUCACCAUCCACUCCCACUUGAAUAAGCAGCAUCCUGCCCUCCAGGGGUGCCCAGUCACUUCAUCAGCAAACUCUCGAGGACUUUAUUCAACAUUAUUGAAGCCUCUUAUCUCCCCCGCUCUGCAGCGAGUUCUGGGACUCUGGGACGCGUUCAAAUCCGCGUCGCAAACGCAUCGGCCUCGCGGGCGCGUAUCGCAGCCCGUCGUCUUAAAGGUUUGAUGGGAAAACCUCAUUCAUUAGUAAUCGAGUGGCUAUUUCAAGUGGUGGGUCCGCGAUCACUAAAGGCUCCGAAGCGCACGAGCCGAAGCCCCCGCCCUCCCAGCAUUUCCACGUCGUGCCUCCCUCCAUCCACACAGCAGCACAUGGUUACAAUCAAGCCCAUAAAUCAGACGCCUCCGAUCUAAUAGUCGGAAUGAAGCACACAUGCACAUCAGACCGGGGUUGGCUGCUGUUGCAGCAGCAAAGGAUGCGAGAGAUAUCAGUGCUUUGAAAGGGGGAGGGAUGGACGGCUCGAGAUGCAACCAAAAAGCCUCUAUAGUGAUCAAUAUCUGACCGUCUUGUUGCAAAUCGCCGCAGUGCUUCACAGGUGUAGACUCGAGUAUUCUCAUACGGAUUGACUGAACUGGAGCCACAUGUCACAUGUGCUUCUUAGGAAGAAACGGGGCAUCGUCUGCUGCAAGCCGGAUCUGGAGGAGGAUGCUGCGGCAAGUGAUACACAGAGGGCUGAAAGCUUCUUUCUACUGGCUGGGUUUGUUCGUGAGCAGGCAUCCGGUUUUCUUCCUCACCGUCCCCGCAGUGCUGACCAUCAUUUUCGGAUCCACGGUGCUGAGCAGGUUUAAGCCCGAAACGGACCUGGAGAUCCUGGUGGCCCCGACGCACAGCCUCGCGAAGAUCGAGCGGAGUCUCGCCAACAGUCUCUUCCCCAUAGACCAGUCCAAACACAAGCUGUACUCGGACCUGCACACCCCUGGCAGAUAUGGCAGACUCAUCCUGCUGGCCAAAUCCGGAAAUAUACUGGAACUUGCCGAGCAGGUGCUCCAGGUGCACAAGAAGGUCCUGGAUAUGCGCGUCAAUUACAAAGGCUUCAAUUACACUUUCGCGCAUCUCUGCGUCCUGAGUCACCGGGACAAGAGAUGCCUUCUGGAUGAUAUCAUCACGAUAUUUGAAGACAUUCGCUUGGCUGUUCUCUCUAACAGCACUUUUGCCAAGGUCCCUGUGAGCUAUCCGAAUACAACGUUAAAGAAUGGUAGAGUGUCCUUCAUCGGCCAUCAGCUGGGCGGCGUGCCCCUGUCCACGAAAAACUCCGACCAACAGGUCAAAUUUGCCCGCGCCAUCCAGAUCACCUACUACCUCCGCAACCUUGGCCCAGUGGUACAGGACAUCAUUGCUGAGAAGUGGGAAAGCGAAUUUUGUAAGCUGGUGCACCAGCUGGCUACGGACAGCGAGGAGCUACACAUUCACUCGCUCACUUCCUUCAGCUUAUGGCGGGACUUCCACAAGACGGGCGUGCUGGCCAAGAGCGAGGUGCUGGUCAGCUUGGUGCUGGUCCUCCUGGCAGCGACCAUCUCCAGCUCCAUGCGGGACUGCUUGCGAGGAAAGCCCUUCCUGGGCCUGUUGGGCGUCCUUACCAUCUGCAUCGCCAACGUGACGGCAGCUGGGAUUUUUUUCAUCUCAGAUGGGAAGUUUAACUCUACGCUGCUCGGGAUCCCCUUUUUCGCCAUGGGACAUGGAACAAAAGGGGUCUUUGAACUUCUGGCAGGCUGGAGAAGAACCCGAGAGAGUUUGCCCUUCAAGGAGAGAGUGGCAGACGCCUUUGCCGACGUGAUGGUAUGUUACACCAUGACCAGCUCUCUCUACAUCAUCACAUUCGGUAUGGGCGCCAGUCCGUUCACCAACAUCGAAUCCGUGAAAGUCUUCUGCCAGAGCAUGUGCGUAGCAAUACUGGUAAACUACUUCUACGUGUUCUCCUUCUACGGUUCCUGCCUGGUGUUUGCCGGGCAGUUGGAGCAGAAUCGCUAUCAUAGCGUCUUCUGCUGUAAGAUCCCGUCCGUGGAGUACCUCGACCGCCAGCCCACCUGGUUUAAGACCAUGAUGAGCGACGGUCACGACCUCUCCACGCAUCACGACAGCGUGCCGUACCAGAACCACUUCAUUCAGCACUUCUUGCGGGAGCACUACACAGAAUGGAUUACCAACACCUACGUCAAGCCGUUUGUGGUUAUCCUUUACCUGAUUUACGCCUCUUUUUCGUUCAUGGGAUGUUUACAGAUCAGUGACGGAUCUAAUAUAAUUAAUCUGCUAGCUAGUAAUUCGCCCAGCGUGUCGUUCGCUCUGACACAACAGAAGUACUUCAGCAACUACAGCCCGGUGAUCGGCUUUUACAUCUACGAACCCAUCGAGUAUUGGAACUCCUCAGUGCACGACCAACUCAAGACACUGGAAAAAGGCUUCAAUACGAUUUCGUGGAUCGAUAACUACGUUCACUAUCUGAAGGUGGUCAACGUGAGCGCGUCAACCAAAAGUGAUUUCAUCAACAUCCUCAAAACCUCGUUUCUCAGAAGCCCCGAAUAUCAACACUUCGUGGACGACAUCAUAUUCUCGAAAAAUGGAGACGAGUACGACAUUAUCGCGUCCAAGUUGUACUUGGUCGCCAGGACGACCGAGAAGACCAGGGAGGAGGUCGUGGAGCUGCUAGAAAAACUUCGACCUCUGUCCCUGGUCAACAACAUUAAGUUCAUCGUUUUCAACCCCACCUUCGUGUUCAUGGACCGCUACAGUUCCUCCAUCAUCUCCCCCAUCCUCACGUCAGGUUUCAGCGUGCUGACCAUUCUCAUCCUCACCUUCUUCCUGGUCAUCAACCCGCUGGGGAACUUCUGGUUGAUCUUGACCGUCACCUCUGUGGAGCUGGGCGUCCUGGGUCUCAUGACGCUCUGGAAUGUAGACAUGGACAGCAUCUCUAUCCUGUGCCUUAUUUAUACUCUCAACUUUGCCAUGGAUCACUGUGUCCCCCAUCUCUACACGUUCGUACUGGCCACCGAGCACACGCGGACUCAGUGCAUCAAAAUUUCGUUGGAGGAACACGGGGCGGCCAUUUUGCAGAACACCUCGUGUUUUGUGAUCGGGAUAAUGCCCCUUCUCUUUGUGCCUUCUAACCUGACCUACACACUGUUCAAAUGCUCCCUGCUCACUGUCGGAUGCACAGUGCUGCACUGUUUCGUCAUCCUGCCUGUGUUUUUGACGUUUUUCCCACCCUCAAAAAAACGGCACAAGAAAAAGAAACGAGCCAAACGGAAAGAGCGCGAACGGGAGAGGGAGAGAGAGGAAAUCGAGUGCAUCGAAGUCAGGGAAAACCCCGACCACGUGACCAACGUUUGAAAGGCACGUGUGAGUGCAGGUACUAAGAGGGCAGGUCCUGUCCACAAGGGGGCGACGGCACGCAGCACAGGCCCGAAAGGUGUCCGAGCUGUGACGCUCUCUCUUUCUGCUGGGGCGACCCCGGCGAUCAACAGAUGUGCUGUCCAGAGUUAAAAAAGAUCCUCCUCACUCUUCAUCCAGAACAGUGUAUAACAUCUGCAGCUGCUAGCGUAUGUUGGCCAUUGAUGUGAAAGGCUUAGAAAACAGUUUACACGAGAAGGUUGUUCAGAUACGCGAAGACCUAAAAUGUUUCACUCCAAAAAUUCUAGCAUGAAGUAGGUUGUUUCCUACGUUAUUUUUAGAUCCACGCCAUGUUUUUGAUGCAAGGAGGUAGUAUGCAUAUCUUUAGUGGUUCUCCCAAAGGUGUUCAUGCGUGUUUUGUAAGAGCAGAUAUGAAAACCUGGUUCAUUUGCUCUUAUUUAGCAACAACAUGAUUCCUUUUGAUCUGUGUUUUUCUGUCCGCCCUGCGCUUGCAUUAUAAAUCAAGACCGAUUCUGUUUAAAGAAAAACGUGUAGCAAUCGGAAGUAGCGGUUUUCAGCGUCUAUCAAAUUAUGCAACGCUCUCCUACAAAUAACAGCUGGCAUGCAUUUAUCACAAAUAUCCUGUAGCAAAAUCUAUUAGUAUGUUUGCCAUUUCUCCAGUAGCAGUUAGAGGUAGGUAGAAGUAUUAACCUACUAAAAUUAAAUAUAAUAAUAUGUGAAAAAUAUCCUCAGACAGGCAAAGCAUUAACAUAGAAUUCAUUCUAACGACUUUUUGCUUUAAUUGGUUUGUUAAUAUUCAACAAAAGUAUUUAGCUGAUGUUCAGAUCGUUUUAUUUUUCUCUUCAGAGUAAACAAACAGGGUUGUGUUGAUAAAAGGUACUUUGUGUAAAGGCCGCCAAUAUGACACCACUAAAAUGUUUUACUCAUAAUAUUAAAGUGUAUAUCCCAUUUGAAAAAAAAAAGAUUUACUAAAACACCCGAGCUUCUCAUUCAUGAGAAAAAACUGUAGCAUGUUUUAACGCUGCAUUGAUAUGGUCUGUUCUGUAGUUUGUUUGUUUGUUUGCUUGUUUGUUGGUUACAAAAUCAUACACCUCCCCUAACUGAAACAUAAAAGUAAAAAAAUGACGAGACUAAAACAUUUUGCUUUUUUAUUUUGCACAGCGGGAAAAGAUACCCAUUCACUGAUGGUUGUUGUCUAACAAUAUAUGUCACACGGGAGGUAUUGGUUUUCUUUCAAUGUAGCAUGUGUUGCGUCUGUAUUUGUGUGUUUUUGUGGGGAUAAGCAGUGCAGAUGAUAUACACUGUGUUCACGCUGAAGAAAAUAUCUUGCACAAAUCAACAUAAAGAAAUAGAGACACUGGUGGAAGGAGUGUGUCUGUUAUGUUAGAAGUGUCGAUCCUCUUGUUCGCAGGCAUGUAUGACAUCACAUUUCGCAAUGUUGUGUGUCACAGUUUUGCUCUAUGGGUUAUUCUACAGUAUGUGUGGUAAAUACUAGAAUUAGCUGUUAAAACAGAAAUGGGACAUAUUGCACCAACUGCACCACAAAUGGUAAUGUUGAAAAAUGUUAUGCUUCUUGAAUGAUUACGCACAGCUAAAUGAGUUCAAUAGUGAAGAGAUGGAGAACGUUUGCAGAUGUUGACCCCCUGGAUCCUGAACUCUCUUGUUAAAUGUUCUGAUAAUCACAGAUUAAAAAUAUUUAAUAUAAAUCUGUAAUCAACCUCUAAUUGUCCUAUUUAACGCGUCAGAAUCAACAGUGUAAAGGUUUCAUGCAGCACAACUGGUUUGUGCCUUUCAUGUUGUCAUCGGUUCAUGAGGGAUUAAUCUGCAGGUCAGUCGUUGAACAUGCCUCAACCCACUACUGGCCAAACAUUUUUAGUAUUUGUGAGAAACCCCAAAUAUUAUUUUCUUAAAAUGUUUAAAAAAAUGCUUUGUCCCUGGCAUGUACUGUAUAUUGUACGCAGUUCAUAAUCGUUGGACUGUGCUAAACUUUUGUUUGUUAGCCCAUGACAUGCCUUAUUGAUCCAGUAAAAUCACUGGCUUCAUUGUAGAGUCAUUCCAAAGGCAAAGGGUCUUUUAUUGAAGGUAACCAGAGUUUACUCGAAAGGUUGAGAUAAAUGGACCAAAUGUUUGGCGUGGUCUUGAAGCAGAUUAGCAUGGGAAGAAGAGACGGAAUCCAUUACAAACCACAAAUGGAAAACGCUUCAUUAACGCUUGGUGAGCUGAUGUUCUUGUAGGCUGUUUAAAGACAAAUUGUUACAGAUAUCGGGCACCUCUAUUAAAUGGCCACUUUGUUAGACGCAACAUUCCAACCCAAACAGGUUUCGUAACUAAAAGUCAGUAAAACAUUUGAGCGUGUUGUCUUCCCCACAUUUUGUAAGACAGGCAUACAUAAAUAUUUGUGUUGGAAGAGGGCAUGAAAAUUAAAAAUAGGUAGGAGAUGCAUAAUGAAAAUGAUGAAAAUCAUAUAUUUCCCAGAAUUACUGUGUAUGCAUGUGUUGUAUGUACUGUAUGCAUGUGUUUGGUUAGUGUGCGUAAUUUACUUUGACUUUUUGAGACCUGUAGAAGACGUUUGGGUUUAUGCAUACUUGAUUCCAUCUUUAGUCAUUCGUGUUUUAAUAAUUUUUCGGUUAUGCUAAGCCAGUGGAAAAAUAUUGAAUUGUAAAAUAAAUGUAUAGAAUUUUCUAAUUUUUUAAAGAAAACAUUUUUAAGAUGAGUCAUAUUAUUAUAAAAAGCAAUAAAGAAAAAAAACCCAGAUAAAUUCUAAGCUCAGUAUGCCGGUAAUAAUUUAUGGAAUGUGUUGCUGCAUCCUCAGCGAAUCAGUUCUUUUCUCACUAUAAUAUAAUAGUUGCUUCACUGUCAAUUCAACAUAUCUACAAUAGUAGCCUAUAUAAAACCAUAGUAAUGUGAUUUUACCGGAGAUGACAUUUCUUCCUGCUAUGCGGCUUUCCGACACUUAUAAUCUAUUUCUUCAUAGGUGGCCAAUACUGAAUCUUAAUUAGAAAUCUAAUUAUAAUGCAACGUAAUCAUAGGUGUAGAGUUUGCUAACUAUACAAUGAUAAAGCUAUUAAAACACCAAAUAACUAUGUUGUCAAUUCAGUUUUAAUCACGUAACCCAACAGUAUUGUAUCUACUAAACCGCUGGUUAUAUCUUUAGAGUUAAAGCUGCAUAGAUGAAAAUCUGUAUACUGUUGUUUUUGUUGUGAUGCAUGUUCUUGGAUCAGGCCAUAAAUCACCAAGUCGACAUCCUUAUUAUCUGCUUUAUUUAACUUUAAAGUGGCCCACAAAUCAAAGUCAAUGCAAAGUCACUGCCGUUUUCAAAGAAACUACUGACUUCAGGCAAGCGGCUAUGUUUUCUGAUGACCAUAAAUCAAAUAUGCACUUUUGGGGCUCAAAUUGCUAUGACACAAGCGUGUGAUCUUAGAUUUCACCAGCUGAGACUGUGAUCUGAUAAACGUGUAAUGAUUGAACAUGAAAGGAAUAUAUGUGAAUCAUUUUCAUCACAGGGUACAAAUUUGUUUAGGGCCACAUGUUAAAUGCAGUGUCAGAGGUCAAACAUGAGAUUGUUCAUUGCUCUGUGGACCCUGGAACAUUCAUUCACUGAUACAGGUGAAAGUGACAGUCACCCUGUACAGCAAAGCAUCAAACUGUAUUUGAAGACUGUUCGAUAAACAUUGGCACCAAAACGUCCACAUUGUUAGACACUGAAGUCACAUACAUGAAUUUCACACGUUAUAAUAACAUAAAAGCAAGUGUCUGACAUCAGAUGAUGUGACCAUUAUGUUUGAAAACCAUAAAUUGUACAAAUACUUAGUUUUGAACAAUAUAUCUAUUGUUUUGUUAAAAUCUUUCUUGCUUGUUUUUUUUUUUGUCACACAUCACAAGUUGAAGCAUUUUUAACUGUGGUCUAAGUGUCCAAAUACAUUUUUUGUCCCAGUUAGCUGCUGUUUUGUCAUGUAAGCGUUUGCUUUCAUAUACAAAUAACAGUAUACAUCUCUGCCUUUCUAUUGACUUGUGUAAACUGUAUUUUAAGAAACUGCGUUGCCACGGAUGAGGUCAAUGCAAUAUACAUUUUUAAAUGGAACUCACUCAUCUGUCAGAUAAUAUUCAACAUUUAAAGGGGUACUUCACCAAAAAAUUAAAAUUCUGUCAUCAUUUGCUCACCCUCAGAUCUGUUCUGCUGAACACGCAGGAAGAUAUCGUCGCUGUCGGGCGGAAUCCUCGUAUCUCCAAAACCAUUAUUUUUCAAGAAAUUAAAAAACUGCAUAUUUUUUGAGUUAUUAAACAUUGUAUCGUUAAAGUUGGUAUUAUACCUUAUAUUGCUAUCAUAUACUGUUGUGUACCAACAUUAACACAACAUUUCCCCAAAACCAUGUUUAAUCGGAGAUACAAGGUUUAUGACUUGGGAGAUACGAGAUUACGCUGUUAUUGAUAAGAAUGGUACGGACACAGACGUCGCUGCUGCCAGCAGUGUUCAUCAAAGUCUGCCGUCACAUUGAGUCUUUUGACAAGAGACGAGGCUUUAAGAGCUAAUGAAAGCUAACGAUUGUGGUUACAUACAUCUUCCUAAACUCUAUUUUAAACGUUAGAGCUAUGAGUGAUGUAAUACCAAAAUAAAACGUUAAACAGGCUGUCUAAUAUAGGCGGAAAUUAAUCUGCACGCAAAUUAAGUCGGCGGUCGCGUUGAGCCUCUUGACAAGAGAAAAGGGUUCAAUCGUUAACCAAAGCUAACGACUGUACUUACAUACAUCUUCCUAAACUCUAUUUUAAAGGUUUAAGAACUAUAAGUGAUGUAAUACAAAAAACGAUGAGCUGACUAGGCUGUCUAAUAGGCGGAAAUUAGCCGAAUCUGCUCGCAAACUUACCUUCGUGGCUCACGGCUUCCUUCUGCACCAAAGCAUUACAGCUAUCGAUUUUUAACAAAACAGGCCUACUCAAAUGUAUCUAACAUAACUAUUUUCACUCGUUAUUGUCUAAAAAACUUUCAAUCAGGAGACGUAAUGCCGAGAGGCUCCUGCGGAGUGAAGAAGAGGUGGAGUUACGAGACUUCUCAGACAGUUGAAGUGUCCAAUGGAGUUAAGAGAUUUGCUCUCAAGCUAUUUUCAACACUUUAGAUUGGUUAAUAAUUUGUAAAAAUAACAGACCCAUCGAUUUGUGAAAAAAUAUGAAAUUGACCAAAUUUGGACAUAGGAGGUUUCCGCCCGACAGCGACGAUAUUUGAAUAGAAUGUCACAUCCCAUGCCCCAUUGACUCCCAUAGUAUUUAUUUUCCCUACUAUGGCAGUAAACCUGAGGGUGAGUAAAUGACAGAAUUUUCAUUUUUGAGCGAAGUUUCCCAUUUAUUGAUUUAAUGUUGAAUCAGUGUUGCAAAUAACCAAUUUAACAUUUAUUCAACGUUAAACCUGUCACUGUGUCUCACAGCAAAAUCGCCAGUGUUAAAAAGGGUCAAAUUA